AUGUUCAAUGAACCUAUAUCAACACCCCUUUCCUCUAACCCCAGUUCCCCUCCUUAUUAUGACCUAACUUCCAACUCUUAUCACUCUGGUUCAGAUAACCCUGACCCACCCUCCCCAAAUCAUGAAGACCUUCAGACCACAACUGACUCUGAAAAAACCCGGUCUGUACAAAAACCUUCUGAAACCAUUCCAGAACCCUCUGAACCCAUUUCUGAACCAUCUGAAACCAUGCAUGAACCUUCUGAACCCACUCCUCAACCCUCUGAACCUGGCCUCACUCUUCCUACCCUUGAUGAGGCAUUUUCUAAGUUCUUAGAGAAUUUCGCUUCAAUACUCAAGAAGCUCUCUGAUGAAUCUAGCAUCAGUGACAAUCCUUCUGAAGUAAGGACUCACUGGAACGAGUUCAUUAGAUGGGUGACUUCUAAAGUCUUCAAGAUUAAGGGCUUAUCUGAACAAGUCAGAAAUAACUUUAUCAGAAGUGCUGAAGAGAAGCUGGAUGCGCGUUUGGAAAAGGAAGUUGCUGAGAAGGCAGAAAGGAAAGUUGCAAAAGCUGUUGCCAGGGAGGCAACUGACAAUGUUGGUGCAGAAGCUACAGCCAGAGAGCAAGCUGAAGCUAAAGCAACAUUGGCCGCUGAAGCUUCUCAUAAAGUUGCUGAAGAAGAUGAGAAGACCACAUAG